AUGGCUGCCAUUGCCGCUCCCGUUAUUCCUCGCCUUGCGGUGCCUUCGGUGUCCCGCUGGGUCGAUUUCUACGCCACGCGCUUCGCCUCGCGCCUCCUCCCGUCGCUCUCCAUCGCCCUUCCCGGUGUCAGCCUCAACAUCCCCGGACUCCUCGGCGAUAUUUGGGAGUCGGUCCUACGUGCCGUUCCCAAGAACAAGACAUCGCACGCGCGCAAGCGUCACCGGCAGAUGGCCGGAAAAGCCCUCAAGGAUGUCAACAACCUGUGCAAGUGCCCUGGCUGUGGUGCCGUCAAGCGCACCCACCGGCUCUGCCAGAACUGUCUUGAAGACAUGAGAAGGUUAUGGCGCGAGGAUGGCACGUCGGGUACGUCAUCGGCGUGA